CGCUCCAAGAGCGAAAACGACAACCAAAACGGCUGGGCUCGGCCUUGGCCGGCGCCUUGUGCUUCUGCCCAUCCUUUCCGAUCCACCGUCGCAGCCUCAGCGCAUCUCUCCAAACUCCUCCACACAGCCUCCCAGCUGUUCGUCGAAACACGGUCAUGACGACUCCGACACGCAAGAAGAUCCUGGUUGCCGCCGACGAUUCGGAGCACGGCGUUCGCGCCAUCGAGUUUGCCUUUGCAACUCUUGCUAACGAUGGCGACGAUAUCGUCGUUUUGAAUGUCGUGAACUCACCCACGAGCGCAUUCGACUUUAUGAGUCUGGUGUCUGGCACCCCUGAAGCGAACCCCACCAUAUCGGCCGACGAUUUCCAGGAUGUGAUUAAAGAAGAGACACGAAAGCUGAUCAAGACCGUCCAGGAAACACACCCGGUUCGCGUCCAGGUCCUGGUUCACUGCCGUAAUGGCGAUCCUCGCCACGAAAUUUUGGCAUUCGCCGACGAGAUCGAGCCAACUUUCAUCGUCGUUGGAAGCCACGGCCGCUCGGCGCUGAAGACAUUGAUGUUGGGUAGCGUCUCAGCUUACGUCGUAUCGCACGCUCGAUACCCUGUACUGGUUGUUCGGCGCCCCUAAUAUACACCUCGGCAUUGAGACGCUUGAUCA